UGCGGCUGUGGUCAUAAUCACUGUCAGAUCAGAUUCCUGACCACAGUAGGAGCUCUGUGACCAUUUGCAGUUGAUCCCCAUUUCACACCCUCCAUCCACGUGACCUCUGGUUUACUUGACCUGUGCCCUGCCUGUUUCACUUUCCCUGUCUCCUGGCUAUGACCUUAGCCAUCGAGGGGCCGUGACUGUAUGGGUCACACGCCAGGCCCUAGGGAGAAGUGAAAGGGGCCAGAAGUCCAGGGCCCCCUCAGCAGAGCUGUCUGGCUUCCUCAGAACAGGGCGCUGUGUGUUCAUCCUGUGCCAGCAUGGCGGCCCAGGUGACGCUGGAGGACGCACUGUCCAACGUGGACCUCCUGGAGGAGCUGCCUCUGCCUGACCAGCAGCCCUGCAUCGAGCCCCCGCCGUCCUCGCUGCUCUACCAGCCGAACUUCAACACUAACUUUGAAGACAGAAAUGCAUUUGUCACUGGCAUCGCACGGUACAUUGAGCAGGCGACCGUCCACUCCAGCAUGAAUGAGAUGCUGGAGGAAGGCCAAGAGUACGCCGUCAUGCUGUACACCUGGAGGAGCUGCUCGCGGGCCAUCCCACAGGUGAAAUGCAAUGAGCAGCCCAACAGAGUGGAGAUUUAUGAGAAGACAGUGGAAGUCCUCGAGCCAGAGGUCACGAAACUGAUGAAUUUUAUGUACUUUCAGAGGAACGCCAUUGAGCGCUUCUGCGGCGAAGUGCGGCGCCUGUGCCACGCUGAGAGGAGGAAGGACUUUGUGUCCGAAGCCUACCUAAUCACACUGGGCAAGUUCAUCAACAUGUUCGCCGUGUUGGACGAGCUGAAGAACAUGAAGUGCAGCGUGAAGAACGACCACUCCGCGUACAAGAGGGCUGCUCAGUUUCUCCGUAAAAUGGCAGACCCCCAGUCCAUUCAGGAGUCACAGAAUCUGUCUAUGUUCCUGGCCAACCACAACAAGAUCACGCAGUCUCUACAGCAGCAGCUCGAAGUCAUUUCUGGCUACGAAGAGCUCCUGGCAGACAUCGUGAACCUGUGUGUGGACUGCUACGAGAACAGGAUGUACCUGACACCCAGUGAGAAGCACAUGCUGCUCAAAGUCAUGGGAUUCGGACUGUACCUAAUGGAUGGGAGCGUCAGCAACAUCUACAAAUUGGAUGCCAAGAAGAGAAUAAACUUAUCCAAAAUUGACAAGUACUUCAAGCAGCUGCAGGUGGUUCCGCUCUUUGGGGACAUGCAGAUAGAACUGGCAAGAUACAUCAAGACCAGCGCCCACUACGAGGAGAAUAAGUCUCGGUGGACCUGCACAUCCUCAGGCAGCAGCCCCCAGUACAACAUCUGCGAGCAGAUGAUCCAGAUCCGCGAGGACCACAUGCGCUUCAUCUCGGAACUGGCGCGCUACAGCAACAGCGAGGUGGUGACGGGGUCGGGGCGCCAGGACACCCAGAAGACGGACGCAGAGUACCGGAAGCUCUUUGACCUGGCACUGCAGGGCCUGCAGCUGCUGUCACAGUGGAGCGCGCAUGUGAUGGAGGUGUACUCCUGGAAGCUGGUGCACCCGACUGACAAGUACUCCAACAAGGACUGCCCUGACAACGCCGAGGAGUACGAGCGUGCCACCCGCUACAACUACACCAGCGAGGAGAAGUUCGCUCUGGUCGAGGUGAUCGCCAUGAUCAAAGGCCUGCAGGUGCUGAUGGGGAGGAUGGAGAGUGUGUUCAACCACGCCAUCCGGCACACCGUCUACGCCGCCCUGCAGGACUUCUCCCAGGUGACCCUCCGGGAGCCGCUGCGCCAAGCUAUCAGGAAGAAGAAGAACGUCAUCCAGAGUGUCCUUCAGGCCAUCAGGAAGACGGUGUGCGACUGGGAGACCGGCCACGAGCCCUUCAACGACCCUGCCCUGCGAGGGGAGAAAGAUCCCAAGAGCGGCUUCGACAUUAAAGUGCCGCGCCGCGCCGUGGGACCCUCGAGCACACAGCUCUACCUGGUGCGCACCAUGGCCGAGUCCUUGAGCUCUGCCGAGCUGCUGAGGCAGCUCAAGUCUCUGGGCAUGGAAAGGCUCUUGCAUGUGGUAAACGCGUUUCUGAGGCAGUCGUACACCUAUCCGCCUCUUUUAACCUUUGGUGAGACCCUGCAGCAGUGCUGCGACCUUUCGCAGCUGUGGUUCCGAGAGUUCUUCCUGGAGCUGACCAUGGGCAGGAGGAUCCAGUUCCCCAUCGAGAUGUCCAUGCCCUGGAUCCUGACCGACCACAUCCUGGAGACCAAGGAGGCCUCGAUGAUGGAGUAUGUGCUCUACUCCCUGGACCUGUACAACGACAGCGCCCACUACGCGCUCACGCGCUUCAAUAAGCAGUUUCUCUAUGACGAGAUCGAGGCAGAGGUGAAUCUGUGUUUUGACCAAUUUGUCUACAAGCUGGCGGACCAGAUAUUUGCCUACUACAAGGUCAUGGCAGGAAGUUUGCUUCUUGAUAAACGGUUACGGUCGGAAUGUAAGAAUCAGGGAGCCACCAUCCACCUGCCACCAUCCAACCGCUAUGAGACGCUGCUGAAGCAGAGGCACUCCCAGCUCCUGGGCAGGUCCGUGGAUCUGAACCGUCUGAUCACGCAGCGCGUGUCCGCAGCCAUGUACAAGUCUCUGGAGCUGGCGAUUGGGCGAUUUGAAAGCGAAGACCUGACAUCGAUCGUGGAACUGGACGGCCUCUUGGAAAUCAACCGCAUGACACACAAGCUGCUGAGCAGGUACCUGACCCUGGACAGCUUUGACGCCAUGUUUCGGGAAGCCAACCACAACGUGUCGGCCCCCUAUGGGAGAAUCACGCUCCACGUCUUCUGGGAGCUCAACUACGACUUCCUGCCCAACUACUGCUACAAUGGCUCCACCAACCGGUUUGUUCGGACAGUAUUGCCAUUUUCUCAGGAAUUUCAGAGAGAUAAACAGCCUAAUGCACAGCCCCAGUAUUUGCAUGGAUCCAAGGCUCUGAACCUGGCCUACUCCAGCAUUUAUGGCAGCUACCGGAACUUUGUGGGGCCGCCACAUUUUCAAGUCAUCUGCCGGCUGCUUGGCUACCAGGGCAUUGCGGUGGUCAUGGAAGAGCUGCUGAAGGUUGUCAAGAGCCUGCUCCAGGGCACGAUCCUGCAGUACGUGAAGACACUGAUGGAGGUGAUGCCCAAGAUCUGCCGUCUGCCCCGGCACGAGUAUGGCUCUCCUGGCAUCCUGGAGUUCUUCCACCACCAGCUGAAGGACAUCGUGGAGUAUGCAGAGCUGAAGACCGUGUGCUUCCAAAACCUGCGGGAGGUGGGCAAUGCCGUGCUCUUCUGCUUGCUGGUUGAGCAAAGCCUGUCUUUAGAAGAGGUGUGUGACCUGUUGCAUGCGGCCCCCUUCCAGAAUAUCUUGCCACGAGUCCACGUAAAAGAGGGGGAGAGGCUUGAUGCCAAAAUGAAAAGGCUGGAAUCGAAGUACGCCCCGCUGCACCUCGUCCCAUUGAUUGAGAGACUGGGGACCCCGCAGCAAAUUGCAAUUGCGAGGGAGGGGGACUUGCUGACCAAGGAGCGCCUCUGUUGUGGCCUGUCUAUGUUCGAGGUCAUCUUGGCACGGAUCCGGACCUUUCUGGAUGAUCCCAUCUGGCGCGGGCCUCUCCCCAGCAAUGGGGUCAUGCAUGUGGAUGAGUGUGUGGAGUUCCACAGGCUGUGGAGUGCCAUGCAGUUCGUGUACUGCAUUCCUGUGGGGACGCACGAGUUCACAGUGGAGCAGUGUUUUGGCGAUGGGCUGCACUGGGCCGGUUGCAUGAUCAUUGUGCUGCUGGGGCAGCAGCGGCGCUUCGCAGUGCUGGACUUCUGCUACCAUCUCCUCAAGGUCCAGAAGCACGACGGCAAGGAUGAGAUUAUCAAAAACGUGCCUUUGAAGAAGAUGGUGGAGAGGAUCCGCAAGUUCCAGAUCCUCAACGAUGAGAUCAUCGCCAUCCUGGACAAGUACCUGAAGUCAGGGGACGGUGAGAGCACCCCCGUGGAGCAUGUGCGCUGCUUCCAGCCACCCAUCCACCAGUCUCUGGCCAGCAGCUGAGGGGCAGGCCACCCCCGCGGAGCCACUGAUGGCACCAUUCUUUCUGAAAACAGCUUAGGGAGUGUUAGGGAGUAUUUCUCAGUAUCUCUGUACUUGUUUAAGAGGUACUUUUUGACCUAAAAGCUUAUUUUAUAAAACUGACUUAUUUUUCUAGACUAAAAUUGUAUAUGCUUUUGGUAAUCAGGAUAGCCUGAGAAUCUUGGCUGCUGGAUGUUGCCAGCUCAUUCCUACAAAAUUACUCUCAGGUUUCCUAGAGAACGUCCCAGCAGCUGGCUGCACCCUGUAACAAUGCUGAGUUCAUUCAUUCUCUUAGUAAACUUAGUACCUGUCAAUUGUGUUAGGAUCCUAUGCCAAUUACCAUUAAGCUUCAUGACUAUUUAGUAGUAUAGGGAUUUUUCUGAUCUUUUAUGAACAGUGUUUUCUAAGUCCUUGUCCCUCUUUUGUGCCAGUCUUUUUGAAGACAUGAACUUAAGUCUGGUUUCCACUAAAUCCAAGUAUGAAACCUAAUUUGUAAGGAGUACAAGUUAGAGAAAUAAAACUAAUGAAACCUA